AUGAGUGCUACUGAAAAUUCUGUUGACGCAAAUUCUAAAUUAAUUCAUGAUAUCAAACUUGGAAGGCCACUGGAUUACUCAUUUAAGAGUCUAAGGACCCUUUCUAAGCUUGGAGAUGAGAAACCGAGGUCAUUAAGAGUACGCGGUGUACCAGAUCGUGGACCACAGAAAAAAUUCAUCUGUGGCGCCAUUUGGUUAAAUAACAAUAAUUUAACCAUUUUAAAUGGGUUAAAAAGCUUUGUAGAUGAUCUGAUUGAGCUUCCUAUGCACUUAAGUUGGCUUGAUUUAUCAUUUAAUGAGUUCGCACGGGUUGAUGAAGAAAUUCUUUAUUUUAAAAAUUUACGCAUACUAUACUUGCAUGGCAAUCAUUUAAAAGACUUGAGAGAAGUGGCAAAACUCAAAGAACUUCCUAAUUUAAGGUCGCUAACACUGUACGGUAAUUUGGUGUCUAGAAUAUGUCAUUACCGUGGUUAUGUACUCGCCUAUCUUCCACAAAUUUCCAGUCUAGAUUUUACAAAAAUAACUCGUCAAGAGAGAUUAGCUGUCACUCCGGCUGGAACUAACCAAGAAAUACUGGCUAGUUUUUAA